UAGUUCGUAAACUGUAAAGACUUAAAAUUAGCAAAACUAAAACACCAAAUUAAACAUGAACAGAAUUUUCCAAAGUCUUUUGCGUCAGACACGCGUGUGUUCCAUCAACAACAUCAGCAAUGUUAGCAUUGCAGCUGCGCCUCUAAGGCUGAUGCUCGCUUCGCGUUGGUAUGCCGCCGAUGCAGCUCCACCGGCAACAGUAGGCAAAGAAACUCUAGACAAAUUGGUGCGCACCAACAAGGUGGUCGUAUUCAUGAAGGGUAAUCCGGAGGCGCCACGUUGUGGGUUUAGUAAUGCUGUGGUGCAAAUAAUGCGCAUGCAUGGCGUACAAUACGAUGCACACGAUGUGCUCCAGAACGAGGCGCUGCGUCAGGGCAUCAAGGAAUAUUCCGACUGGCCAACCAUACCUCAGGUAUUCAUCAAUGGCGAAUUUGUCGGUGGCUGUGAUAUUUUGAUGCAAUUGCAUCAGAGCGGGGACCUUAUCGAGGAACUGAAAAAAGUGGGCAUUGUGUCCGAUUUGCUGCGGGCGGAGCAGGAACAAGAGAAAAAUGAAAAGAAAUAGUCACAUAGCAUAGACUGCAGAGCUUAAAGAUGCAACAAAUUCAAACUAAUUGUUAAAACGCAACGUUUUUAUUAUUAAAUGUUAAUUAUACAAUAU